GAGAAAUCGAGUGAGUAUUUGCCCGGGCGAGCCGGGUGUCGGAUGCGUGUGUGUACGUCUAAUAAAACGAAAAAAAAAGGUAAAUAAAAUAAAAAAAACGAGAUCCCUCGCGUUAGUUUCCGAGACUUGACGCAUGAGUGUUAAAAAACGAAGGACUCGCAUGAGGCGCGGUGACGGUUCGGCUCUGGACUGAAAAAUCAUCGAAGAUAUACAAGAAAUAAAAAGGAGUAUCGCGCGCGUAAACAGUGAUAAACCGACGUAAAAAGCGCGAGUACGGGGGGGGGGGGGAGGGGGAACAAAUGAAAAAAGCGUGGAAAUUAUUUAACCGCAUAGAAGAAGAAACGGCGGAAAUAGAGAAAAGGAAAAACGUUAAACCGAGUACGCGCAAGGUGCAGCCAGAGAGUAUCUUUUAUACGAGGCUUAUAUAUACAAAAGAAAACUUGAGGUAUAUUCGAGUACUCAAGAUACAUAGGCAUACGGGGCACGCGAUAUAUACGCGCACACACGUCGGCGGGUGGAAAGGGGCCUGCGAGGGGAAGAGAGAGAGAGAGAAGCCUCAAAAGCAUUGCCUGCGUCACAUGGGUAACGUUGAUUGGUCGAUAGAGCUCAGUGACGUCACAGGCCGGGCAACGAUUGGUGGACACGGAGCAGCGGCUCCCGAAAGAGACACGUGAAUCCGUGGCAAAGUCACGAAGCAUGGGGGAGCUGUUGAUGCGCAGUGGUUUUACACACGCGUAUUAAAAUAUAUUUUUCUUAACGCCACGCUCUCGUCCCUGAUCGAUCAUCAACGGCUUCAUAAAGCCCGUACAAGGAUAAACAAAAAAAAAUAAUAAAAAUAACUGAACUGAAAGGAACGUGAAAAUAAAUAAAUAUCGCACCCUGUUAAAUCCAGAGAAGAUUGAGAACAAGGGGGAAUUUCGCGAGGCCGAGAGAGAGAGAGGGAGUGAGAAAUUGUCGGAGACGUUUCUGUGCGCGACGGGAGGGGUGGGGGGAAGAACCGGGUAGCGUGCGCCAUAAAGCACGUGUACACCACUGACAGCAGCGAGAACUUUGCAUCAAGCGCCCCAAGCGGGCCAGGAGGACCAAAAAAUUUCUUGAAUCGCUUGCGCGCGCGCUCUCUCUCUCUCUCUCUCUCUCCAGGCUGAAAUCGCGUGAAAGUCGUCUCCACCUCUUCCUCCCCCCUCUCUCUCUCUCUCUCGCUUUUUUGUACGCGCAGUGUUGGUGUUUCAUCGCAAGUUGAAGUGUAUGUGCGGUCUAUUGUGCGUUUGGGGAAAAAAAAAAAAAAAUACGGCAGGUCGUGAAAAGAGCCCAGCAUUCUACAAAUUUAUGAUCCAGAAGCGCGAAGAGGGAGAGAAUAGAGUGCCGAGGAAGGUCUCGCCCUCGAGGAAUUCUCGGAUCGGAGUAUCGAGGAUUCCGAAAAAAUCGAGCCUUUCGAGGAAGCUUACCACCGGCUCCGUAACGAAUGAGAGUGAAGUUUGGAAAAUUCGUUGAAAAAACGUGAGCGAGACGCGGAUCCUCGUCACGGCUCUUGAAACGUUGAUUUUAUUAAUCGUGAAGAGAGAAGUUACGAUAAGGCAUCGAGAUGAGCCUCGAGACGCUGCUGGAAGCAGCGCGUUUCGUGGAACAGCAGGAGAAAAAGAGGGAACGCAUCGCGAGCACGUCGUCCUCGUCGGAUCACUCUUUUCCCGUUGCGCCACACUCGAAUCAUCACAAUUCGAACGAACCGCGUGGCGCCAAAAUGAGGAGAGAACGCACCGAGCCAGAUGACCUGUUUUGUGAGGAGAAGAUGCUCAUAAUCGAUGAGGAAGAUCCUCUCGAAGUGACCCGCAUGAACGGGAACCAUUCGAUCGGAUCACGCGCCAGUCCCGUCAUCAUGAACUCCCGGGGAACACCCCCGGUCUCCGGUACUAUCGGCCUCACCGUUCAUCCCCACGUUCAUCACGUGAACUCGCAUCACCAACAGCAACAAAAUCAAGUCCAGCAACAAGCUCAGCCACAAAUUAUUCACCAACAUCACCACCACCAGCAGCAACAUCUCAACAAUCACAACAGCACAGCGCACAAUCAGUACAUCGAGAAUCACAACUCUAAUCACAGUCAGACCGGAGCCGGACAACUCGUCGUUGAUCUUGAUUCGAGCCACGACAAUAAAAAACAUCGGAAUGGACCACCUUGCGUUAUACGUUCGGGUACGAGGGAGGUUCACAACAAACUCGAGAAAAAUCGUCGUGCUCAUCUCAAAGAAUGCUUCGAAUUGUUGAAGAAACAACUUCCUGCCCAGGACGAGAAAAAAUCGUCGAAUCUCUCGAUUCUUCAUGCUGCUAUCAAACACAUUCAGACAUUGAGAAGAAAAGAACGAGACUCGGAGCACGAGAUGGAAAGGCUUGCUAGAGAAAAAAUCGCCGCUCAACAGAGGAUAGUCGCGCUGAAGAAAGAAUUAUCUGCAACGUGGGAUCACAUUGAUUUCAGUACUUUGCUGCAGGAACCAAAUUCGGCUGUAGACCCGUCAGCCUCGAAGAAUGUUUCAGAAAGUAUGGACGUGGACGUGACUGGGCUGGCACGUGGCGGUACGAGGUACAGUAGCACGAGUAGCCUGAGUAGCGCCGCGACAGCGAGUUCACCGCAAAAUCUUCAGACAGCAAACACGACCUCGAAUAUUCACAAUCAAGUGGCAACCGCGGCGGUUGUGUGCCAAACCCAGGGCCUCAAUCUCGCUCAAAGCUCGAGGGAAAGUCCACCCGCGAGCUCGAGUCCCGGAGCAUCAACUCCUAGCAUUCCUACACCCGCUCAAGAAAAAGUCGUGACAACUUCGGCUAACGUGAUGCAGCAGCAACAGUCGCAUCAAUUGCACUUACCAAUGUUGAACACGAGUCAAGGCUUGGCAACGAUUGUUCCCGCUCUCCAGCAUCUCGGUCCAGGACUGAGGGUUAUUCCCGGCGAUACGAGACAACUCCUUGUAACUCAUACCACCGGCAACAACGAGACUCGUCCGCUGACUCUCGCAGUUCAAAAUUCCUCAGAUCAAUCGAGACCUUUGAUUACUGUACAAACGAGCACUGGAAGUGAGCCAAGACCUGUCGCCUUGGUCGUUCACUCUUCCGCCGCAAAUGAUAAUAGAGUUACUUUUGUUCAUUCGAAUUUGUCGAACAACGAUAGGCCAUUGGCACUUGCUGUACAGUCAUCCGCGAACGAAGUAAGGCCCGUCACGUUCGUACACUCUGGGAAUGAGGCAAGGCCACUCGUUCUCGCUACACAUGCUGCCCCAACACUCAACGUUACGACCGCCCAGUCGAGAAUGAGAACCGGUGAUGCGCAGACAACUCAUAAAAUGGUUGGUGGAGUGACACUCGUUGGUGGAAAUGGAUCGGAAUUAACGAGACUCCCCGGAGGCGCUGAACUCAAUAUUUUACCUGCAAACGGUGUGUUCCGUUCCGUCAAGGCUCAGCCACUCACUGUUCAAGGAGGUCUGACACUGAGUCAUGCAGGCGUCUCGCUUCAAGCUUCGCCGGGCAAAGGUGGCUCGACGGUUAUGCAAACGAAUCCGUCCACAGAGGGUCAAAUAACUCACAUAGUAGGUCAACACGCCCCAUUGUCGGCACUAACUCCAAUAGUAACACCAAUGACCGUGGUUUCUCAAGGAAAUCAGGUGACCGCCCAUAUUCUGGCACCAACGAGUCUCGCCGGUAAAAUGAUAACGACGCCUAUCCUUAAAUCCGUGGGACAAAUGCCGCUCGUAAAUGCUCAGUAUAUCAAUACGACGACACUCGUAAAGCCGGUCGUCGUUGUCAGCACGUCAUCAAACACGUCCGUUCCAUCGACGAUCCCUUCGAGCACGCAACCUUCCGUCACCACCCACUCGAGUGUCUGACAGGGUCGAAAGAAAGGAAAGCUCGUCUGAGACGAGGUUCACGGGCUAUGGAAAUUUGUGAUUCUCGUUCGGUUUGCGCGUCUCGUACUUCGCCAAUCUACCGAGUGUAAAUACGUCGCGUAUUUUUACAUGAAAAUCAUUCAAACGCAACGAUUGAAGAGAUGUUUGUGACCCAGCUAUGAAGCUGGAACGAAGGAAAACUCGGAAUUUCUCGAGAGUGGUUCUAAUGGCCGCGUGUAAUCCAAAUCGUUUAACGGAACGAAGAUAAUAAGUUUCUUUAUUUUCAAAAGACCGUGGUUCUCGCUGCGCUGUUUCUUUCUCUGAUCAAACAUUCGCACUCCAAUCAAACUUUUGCUCAAAAUUUCAAUCGUGCUUUUGGACAAAUGACGAUAAAUUCAUCCGGAAAAUCAAAGAAUAAUAUUAGAUUCACCGUGGCUCUGAUGCUCUUCUCGUUAUUCGUUUCUUGUUGUUAAAAAUUCAAGAAAGAUCCAAAUUCAAACGAAUGAUUUGUCGCUAUGGGAUAGAAGCUGGAUAAAGACACUGGUUCUGUCUAAUGGAGAAGAGAAUGGCAAAGAAACAACGGACGGGCAUGAGUUCGAUGGAAGAAACUCUUUGUUGGAGCUCACACUUUCUUAAUUUGUAAAUCAUAAUUUGAACCAUUCAAAUGGGUUGCCAGGUAAUUCUCGUUUCACAAUACGUCAUGCUAUCCCGGAAUAAGUGAUCAGUGAAAAGCGAUUGACGGAUGUAUUGAGAGAUUAGUAUGAAUUAAUAUAAAUUAUCCGUAAAUAUUAGUAAAAAAUCUAAUUAUAUUCACCGAUACUUUCUGGUUUUUCCUGCAUCCUGGAUUCGAUUAUUGCAUGUGUCAUUUUGAUGAUUUAUCCGUACGAUCAUCAACCGUCGGAUUCCCAAUUUUAUUUCCUUUCUUUGAUCGUCGUCGUUACUGCAGAUCGAUCUUAUUUAAAAAAAAAAAAUAAAAUAAUAAUAAGAAUAAUAAUCGUGGGCUUGGCUCGUUUCGAUUAGAACGAACGUGGCCUUAGUAGAUAUAAAAGGUACGUGUUCGACGUCGACUACUAAUUGCAAUGAAAGAAUAGGAAACGGAGUGUAGAAGUAAGAAGAAAGGAACGAUUUUUAUUUUACAUAAAAUUUGUUCAGCAUGUGCGAAAUCAUCAUAACGGUGGCAAUCCAGAGUCAAAUAAAUUUAAAGUUGAACGAUUAUGCAACGAGAGGGACCAUGCUAUUAUUGAAACCUCGCAAUGAGGAAGAAAUUUUUUUUGCUCAUGUGUCUUGUGAAAAUUUGUCUCUAAAUUGCUUACGGUUCGUCAUGACGACGAUACUAAAUUUUCUGCUUGUCAUACGAUUCCUAUAAAUAAUAUUAGAUCUAGAACUCAAUUUGGUGCCUUUUCGCAUUGAAUUCUAUGAGGGGAAGGGCACUCGAAUUAACUUUUGCAUCUAAUAUUCCUAUGUAAUAUCUAUGCGCAUAUUAUAUUUAUAUGAUUUUUAGAUUGGAUCAAUUCUUUGUUUUUUUUUUAAGUUUUUCAUUUGAGACUGACUCGUUGCGACGAAUUAUUUAACGAAUUUUGGCAAAACCCCUUCAAAUUCUGGGCUCGGAAAUGAAAUUUGAAGACUGUGAUUUCGACUGAAAAGAGAUGGGCGCACAGAGAUAUUGAGCAAUUUGAACGAAAUACGUUGAGCCACGUAACUCAUUCGAAACAAAUUUAGCAAACAUUCUUCAUAAAAACGGAAUGAUUAAUAUAUUCGCUGACAAAACUUUUGUCAAAAAUAUUCUUUUUUAUUGUUCUUCCUUUAGAAAUUGUUUGCUGCUGCGUAGCACGAAGCAAAAUAAUGAAUAACAUCGUAUGUUAAAGCUGGGUCACGAUACCUUGCGUCCUUAGAUAUAUAAUGAAUUUCGAAAAAGAGUAUUUUUUUUCUCUCAGAUGCGAUCACGAAAAUUCAUUUCAGCUUGACGCAAGACGUUGGAAAGUAGAGGGUGGAUUCGUUCAGGCAUUGUUCAAUUCAUGUUUUGCGGUUUAGGAUUGAAUUAAUAAAAAACAUAUGGUAAAAAAAAACAAGCGAUUGUUUUAGCUGCAUUUAAGGUUAACGCUUCAGCAAAGAAAAUGACGAACGUUGAUCUUAAUUUUUUUCUAUCCAUGUAUAUUAACAAACGAGUAUUUACGUUCGCUGUGCGUCGAAAAGCGAAUCACGAUUUUGUAUGAUAAUAGUAUCAUUUCACUCUGAGGGAUGGACAGUAUUUGUAUGAAAAACCGUUAAACAUUAUUUUACGUAAAGAAAAAAAAUGAAAUACUUUGGCGUUUUAGAAAAAUACGAGUUAAACUAACGACCGAAUAGUUGAAAAAUGUUCUUCAUUUAGCUACACGAAUACAAUCUAGUGAGUUUUCUUAUUUCAAUAUGAUUUUAAUUGUAUCAUUGCGUCAAUUAUUUUUCGGUUUUUCAUUUUCAAAAUAUUCAUCACCAUAAUACAUUAUUAUAUAUAUUGCGCACCAAUUACCCCGUUCUUUAUUUUUUUUUUCUGUAAAUCUAUAAAUUAUUCAAUCCACGUGGGCGAAUUGAAUUGGAGAAUAUAGGAUGUUUCUUGUACAUAUACACACAUUCAGAUGUAUGUAUUGUUUAAUCGAGAUAAUCCGUGAUGAUUGAGUGGAAACCGUUGAAUAUCGGAAGUGUUUUUCUUUUGGUAUGUUUCGAACCGAACAAUUUCUUGUGUAUUUUUUUUUUCUUAUUUUGGCCUCGAUGUUAUUUUACGUGCGAUCGUUAUAACUGCGUGUAACAAUCUUCAAAUUGACGAUUUUCUUCUUGAAAUAUCUUUGAUACGACGCGUAACGGUUAUUCGUAACCAAAGGAAGCCAGCAUUUGAGAGAACGACAAAAAUCAGUAUGCAGAAAAUAAAAAUUAAGAGAAAAAAAAACAAAUCUUUUUUUACAUCGAGUAGAGACCAAAAUGAAUGUCGUUUUACUUAAAUCUCAAUAAAUGUUGCGUCCCGAGUGAUGCGCUUGAGUAGUGACGAAACGAGAAACAAAUAUAUAUACAUAUAUAUAUAUGUCGGAGAAGAACGUAAGAACGUUAUAGUGAAAAAAAGAAAGGAAAGCAGAAUAUCCGCUCAUGGACAUACAGAAUUAGACAUAAAUUUAUUCACCCAUCAUUCUCGGGCUAAGUGCGAGCCAGAUAAUGUGCAAAUGAUCUUUUUGAACAAUGGUUAUACGUGUGGGUGAUACCGAACGAGAAAAAUAACGGGAGUGUUAGAUGUUAAGCUAGCGAGGGAAGGGAAAACACGAAAAAGAAAUGUUCGAAGGCUGCGUAUACACGAACAAUGUGAUAUAAGUGAUUAAUGAAUUCAAUUAACAUCCUAUAGUUAAUGGAGAAUACUAAGCUAUUUCCAGUGUAGGCGUCCGUUGCUAACGAAAAAUAUUCACCAACAUCUUUAAACAACAACAACAACAACAACAUCAACAACAAACAGCAAAUACCUAAUUGUACAUAUAUUAUACAAACAAUACGAUCGGUAAUGAAGAAAAAGAGAAAUGUACGACAAGAUAAUUAUGGAGUACGAGUUAAUUGUGAGGUUGGCGAAAAAUAUAAUAGAAAGAUGAAUAAACAUAACUGCGCAGGUGUGAGAAUGGAAAAAAUAUAAUGAAUUGAAGUGUAAAAGAAUAAAAUUAAAAAACAAAAAAAAUUUAAAAAAAAACAAAGAAGAACGAGCGCUCAAUUUUUAACGCGCUGGUUAUACACCAGUGUUGUAUGUGAUCGAGGUUCACGGUAGAAUUUGUACUACGCGCCUAAACCGAAUCCGUGGGAAUGUGGAAAAUACAAGUAACAAAGAAAUAAUAAUAAUCGGAUGGAAAAAGAAUAAGAAAUAUAAUGAAUCAUGUUGACAGUGUAAUCGGUGUGUGUGUAUGUGCGUGCGUGCGUGCGUGUGUGUGUGUGUGUGUUGCAUUGGCAUUGUAGAGUUGCGGUGCUGGGUUGUGGGAACCGUAGAUAUACCUUUAUUCAAAAAGCGAGCAGAGAGAAAGAUUUUUAUAAAAAUUAUUUUUGUCUAUUUCAUUUUUUCAGGUCUUUUAUCAUGAUUAUUAUUAUUAUUAUUACUACUAUUUUUCGAAACUGAUUCUAACGCGUUUUUUUGCUGCUUUCACAGCAACCACUUUUACGCAGCAAAGUAAAAGAUAAUUGAUCAGGGAACGGAACAAAAAUCGUCCUUUUCUCGGAUCUUUUAUUGCUUCGUACUAAUAUUCUAUUAAAAAAAGCUCAGGAUAACAAAAAUAAAUACAAAAACAACACAAUACCGAGCGCAUAAUCAAAUGAUUGAAAAGAAAUAAUUGAAAAAAAAAAAAAAAAAAAAACAUGAAAACAAUGGUAACACACAAAAUGAAAUUGCUCUCGUCAAUGGUAGAAUAUCGUCGAAUCUUUCGAUACAAAUGAUAUGUUAAAAAGAUACAAAGUUUUAGCUCUUUUGAACGAAUAUACAUAUAUCGAUCGUCAGUGCAACGCCACGAACAAAUGUUUACGUAAAAAAAAAAAAUUAAAAAAAAAAAUAUAUAAAAAUAAAAACAAGAAAGUUAACGGAAAAGGCACGUUCUGGUACAAAAAAAUAUUCACAUACACAGAGCUCAUUAAAAGAAUCUUAAUAGAUAGAUAAAUGAAAAAAUGAAAAAAAAGUAAAAAAAAAAAAGAAAUAAAAGUAAAAUAAAAACUUCCUCUUUGCACGUUUGUUCAUCGAUGAUGUUAUUGUUAAGGUCUGUCUUUCUUUUACGAGUUCAACGAGAUGAUGGUGAUGAUAACGAUGCGGCAAUAGUAUAAUAAAAUUAAUGGAAGUAUAACGGUGAAUUGAAUUUGGAAAUGCGGUUGAAAACUUGUUGAGGAACUAAGUGAGCGAGAGAGUAAAAGAGUUUGUAGAUUGUAUGUGUGAGAAAAAUAAAGAUCGCGAAAGAGAAUUUAGUGGAGAAAAGAAUGGAGGUAAACCAUAAAACUAUUGGACCGCGAUCAAUCGAUUGGAUUGACUAAGGAUUAUCGUUAAUGACUUUACUGUACAUUAACUUUGUAUAUUUCUGUAAAUAGGUAACUUGAAUGGUAAUGAUAAAUUUACUAUAUGUCUACGUGUUAAUUUUAUCUAUUACAGUAAGGAAGUUGCGUUUCCAUGUAAAUAUUCGAAACGAAUAGUCUUGCUGUAAUAAACCUCAUUCGAAAAAUC